GACCCGCCACUUCCGGUGCGCCCCGUCUCCAUAGCAACGGCGCGGCCUGGGCGCCUCCGAGCCCCGCAAAGUGAGGGAACGGAGCCCCAAAACCGGGGAACCGCUCCCGGUGAGCCCCCCCUGGCCUUUCCGGGGCUCUUUGUACCCCAAACCCGUGGUACCGGCUCGGUGAGCUGCCGUGGCUCGAUUUCAGGGGUCUCUAUGAGCUCUCCCAUCCAACCCCCACCCGAGGAGGGGACAAGGAACCCCCGGGUCACCCAUGGCUGAGCAAGGGGACAGCCCGUGUGGGGCCCCCGAGGGGACACGGCCAGGAGUGACCCUGAGCAACAGCCUGGUCACCACCCGCAUCUGCCCCACGGGGCCGCUGCCCACCUCCACCCUCCGCUUGGAUCGGGAGAACAUUUCCUGCAUCGGGAAACUCCGGAGGAUGGCGGAGAUUCACAGCCUCUACCUGCAGCAGAACCAAAUUGAGAAGAUCGAGAAUUUGGAGUCUUUUCCCAACCUGAGGUUCCUCUGCCUGGCUGGGAACCGCAUCCAGAGGGUGGAAAACCUGCAGGCCCUGCCCCACCUGAGCGCCCUGGACCUGUCCCACAACCAGAUCCGGGCUCUGGACGCAGGUGGGGAGCAGGGACGGAUCCAGGGGGCUGCCAGGAUUGCUGGAAUUCCCAUUCCCGCCCUCCCUGCCUCAGUUUCCCCGGGCGUGGGGGUGAAACGCUGCUUUGGGAGUUGCCUGGGGAGGGAGGGAAGCGCUGUGGGGGGGUUUGGGGGGAGCAGGAAUUUGGGCUGGAGGGGCUCAGCUCCCAGCUCUGUCAUUCCCUUUAUCCCGGCAGAGGAGCUGCCCCGCAGCCUCCGGAUCCUCGACCUGACCGGGAACGAGUGCAGCCGGCAGGACGGAUACAGGGAUCUGGUGGUGGCAGCCCUGCCCCACCUCCUGCAGCUGGAUUCCCAGCCAAUCCAUGGAGACACGGCUCGGGAAGAGGCAGGAGGAGGCUCCUGCAGCAGCAGCAGCGAGGAGGAGGAGGAGGAGGAGGAGGAUGAGGAGCUGUUCCCUGAGCUGAGGAUUCCCUUCACCGUGGACAAAGGUGCCCGGAUGGGGACAGGACACGCGGCACUCUUGGUCUGGCAGUGCCACAUCUCCUGGAAUUCCCGUCCUGGCAGAUUUCCUGCAGGAUGUGCACCGGGAGCUGGCGGGGCGGGCGCGGUGGAGGCGGAGGAAGAGCCUGGAGGAGCACCGGGCCCGGCUGGAGGAGCUGCGGGAGCUCCGGGCUCUGCUGCUGGACCCGGGGCAGGGCCAGCUCUGUCCCCAAGGGGCACAGCUGUCACCUCUGCCAGCAUCCAGGGUGUCCCAGCGAGCUCCUGGCGCCAUCCAGCCCCCAGGCAAGGCUCUGGAGAAGGAGCCUGGUGCCAAAGGAGCGGGGAAUGGGCAGUUAUCCCAAAUACCCUGCAGCAGCAGCAAGGAAUAAAGUCGUUAUUCCCACCCCAAUCCAGCUGGAUGUCACCCUACAGCCAUCCUGAGGGGCUGGAAAUGGGGGGAAGCACACAAGGGGCUGUGGGCAGGGCUCCCAAUCCCAUUCCACAUCCCUGUCCUUCCCCCUGCACCUCAUUCCAGGCCGUGGCCACCCCUCCAGGGUAAACUGGGGGCUGGGACCCAUGGAGGGAGCCAGGAAGGGUCAGGGUGGGGCUCUGGGAAUGUUUUGGGACUCUGGGAAUGUUUUGUGAUUCCUUACCCGUGGAAAAUGCCGUGGGGGAAGCCGAGCCCACCCACCUGUG